UGGCGAACACGCUGAAAUGCUGACGAAGAAGAGAAAAAUGGGAGACAGGAAGGAGAAAGAUUCGAAUAAAACAGCACAGAAAUGGCCUGUCAUCAAGCCAAAAAAGAAUCUCCAGAUUACUCGGCUCAAAGAUAGCGAUCUAUUCACGGUUCAGAGUUUUUUCUCAUCCGCUGAAUCGAAGGCAUUCAUUAAAGUUGCAGAAGCAAUUGGUUUUUCUCAUCAAGGGAGUCUUGGUCCAACUAAAGGUGAAGCUUACAGGGAUAAUGAUCGAAUUUCUGUUCACGACCCUGCACUUGCAGAUACAAUUUGGGAGUCUGGACUUGACAAAGUAUUUUCUGAUAUAAGAAUACGAGGGAAGGUUGCUGUUGGUCUAAAUCCUAAUAUAAGACUCUACAGAUACAACGUUGGUCAACGUUUUGGACGUCAUAUUGAUGAAAGUGUUGAUCUUGGAGAAGGAAAUUGCACUUAUUACACGUUGCUUGUGUAUUUGAGUGGUGGCCUUAAAUCAAGUCCCAAAAAUGCGACAAAAAAGCCAGGCGAUUUGUCUGUUGAUCCCCUAUCAGGAGGAGAAACUGUAUUCUAUGGUUCAAGAAAUAGUGUUGUGGCUGAGGUGACUCCUACUGAAGGGAUGGCUCUCCUGCACCUUCACGGAGAUAAAUGCUUGUUGCAUGAAGCCAGAAAUGUCACAAAGGGUGUCAAAUAUGUUUUCCGCUCAGACAUAGUAUUUGCUUGACGAAUGGCAUAUAUCUUCUGCCAGACGACACUAUAUCCUUUAAGGAUUUAUCCUUAUUAGCUGAUCACUCAACGAAAAUUAUUAUUAUUAUGAUCAUGAUUAUUAAUGUUGGUGCACUGCGGAAAUUCAUUUCCGUGUGGAGAUUCAUGCCUUUGAUCUUUUUCUGCCGGAUAAACACUUAGAACUAGUAAUUAAAUUUUUGCAGUUUUAGUUUUACUUCAUGUUGUUGUUGGAACAUUACGAUGCCCAAAACUCUAAUGUGAUGCUUGUUGCCUUGGGUGAUGCAUCCAACUUCUGAUUUCUUGUCUUUCUCAUGAUUGUUCUAUUUUGGUGUGAGUUGCAUGAAAGAUUAUGCAACACUGAAGGAGGAAGUUCUAGUUUAGGGAGAUAUAUUAUGACUGUCUCUGUUGUAUUCUGUUCAGAUUAUAUGUUUCUAUCUUUUUCUUACUUGUUUCCUUAUCUUGAAAACCAUAAAACAAUUCUGCCGUAAACAUCUUAGUUAACCAUUUCAACUUUGAAAUAGGCAAUAAAAAAGUUGAAUGUAAUUUGAUAUUUCUGAACUGGUUUAUAAAAAGUUCCAUGAGGACACUGGCAAGGCGAGGUAUCAUCAGUCCAUCUCAUGUUCUCAUAUACUGAUCGAACCUCAGGCUAACAAGCUCGAGCCUCACUAUUUAAAUGAUUUUGUGAUGUUCACUGAUUCUGCAUAUAAGCAAUUAUUAUUAUUGAGUAUGGAUUUCAUUAAAUUCUCAAUUUUGUUCAAUUUUUUUAUUGCAUUUAUCCAAUAUGUAGUACUAUAAUACAAAAUAAACGUUGGGAAUGAGUGUCAAAUAUGGAGAGAGAAGGAGAAUGAGGGAGAAAGAGAGAACAGAAAGGGAUAAGAGAGAAUUAGGAGAGAAACUUCAUUCACUGGACUCAUUGUCAUUCUCAUAGCCUCAUUACGAUCUGUCCAACCCCUCUUAUUUAUAAGCCUAGGGAUCCAUUGACUAAUUCCACUAACUAACUCUAACCAACUUGCUUCCUAAUUAAUUACAAUUAUAUAUCAUACUAUUAGGUUAUAUUAUAUCAUUCUUGAAGUCAUUUAGAGGUUGCUUUUCCAGCAUAGUUUUUUCUAUCCACAAAGUUUAAGUCUUGACUUUCUUUAAAAGGAUUAAGUGCCUUCCACUUAACCCAACUAUUAUUGACUUUUGUUCUGAUUUUUAUUUCCUUCAGAGUAUUUUCGCUCUACAAAGUUGUAUGUUGUGACUGCGUUUGGGCUCUUUGGCAUUUUCUUGGCAUCCUGUUUAGUUGAGUAAAUAAUUGUAGUCAAUACUGCACACUACCCAAGUAACCUGAGAAACUAGCCGGACAGAGCCAAAAUGAGCCAGGUCAAGUUGGGCAUAGAGGAUAAUGUCUUCCUCUUCCAAUUCUUUGAUCGAGUCUGUUAUUGUUGAAUGUUGAGUGAGAUGGUUGUGACUGUUGGCUGGUUCAAAUCGCGUUAGGGGCUAUUGCUGAUCUUUUCUAAAGCUAUGAGAUGUUGAUUAAUUAUUGCCAUGAUGCAAACGGAAAGCAAAAGCAAACAACUAAGUCGGAGGAGCUUCCAGAUGCGUAGUUAAACUUUCUGGGCUGAAAAGAAGCAGGCCUCCUGCUUCACUCAACGCUUUCUUUGCGAGCAAGUCUGCCAUCUGCAUACGCCCUCUUUUAACAGUGAUGAGUUGCACGCCCACUCUCGCAAGCAUGCUCUUGAUUUCUUGUAUCAAUUGCCAGUCCAUGUGGGUCUCAGGAACGUCCGACCAAAUCAGUUGAAUAGCUUCAACACAGUCGCUGUGUAUGGCAGCCUUCCGAUGUCCUCUGUCCCAAGCGCGUUUUAAAGUCAUGAGGCAGCCCCAUAACUCUGCUGUAAGAAUAAACGCUUAUCAAUUAUGUGCCUAUCGUCUGCAACAAGUGCUGUAAUUCAUGGACUGUCAAUUUUUUUUCUGAAAAAAUAUAAACGUGUUCAUUCAGUCAAAUAAAGAAGCAUAUUGCAUGGGUUCAUGCCAAA